AUGGCACGAUUCUCCGUCUCCCUCCUCUUCUUCGCACUCUCAAUCAUACCUGCCAUAAACGCCCUCUCCACGGCCCCUCCCUUCUGGCUUCGCAUCGUCGGUCAAUCUCAAGACCCCAAUGGCACUCCCCUCUACCUCACCUCGACGGGCUCCACAACUAGGGACAAGAAUGCCGCUGCCGUCUGCUGGAACUCUCCCUACGGCGAGCUCUUCUGCGGAGAUUUCAGCCAUGCUAUAGGGGUUCCCAGCAACACCGAUGCCACUGUCCUGAAGGGCUGUGUGGCAGAAAGAUGUUUGACUAAGCAGAUUAAUAUUGACUCGAAUACCUUGGCACUGGAUUGGAGCCAGGCGAACUUCUGGUAUAGUGCGAGUACCGGGAGUGCUUGGGCUACUUUGAGGGGGGCAAAGGCGCCCACCGAGGAUGCGGUCCCGGCGACGAUGUUGGCCACCUUUGGUUAG